GCUGUAGGCGCAUGAUGUCACAAGUUAUUGGAAGAAAUCCCUCCAACCUAGGUUGGGACAGAUGAAGGCGGCGCUUAUUGGUGUUCACCAAAACACCAGCAUGGUGUACCAGCUUUGGCUAGAUUAUGCUCAGAUGGGCCUGUCUAAUUGCAGGAAAACAAACUCAGGGAUUCCCACUGAUUCUACAUUAUGGAAGAUCUCAUUUCUGUCCCCUGCCCUGGAAGCUGGCAAAAAGAAAACACAGAUCCUGGUGCCGAACAUGAGGACAGGACAGGCUGAAGGAGAAAGUGGAAGGAGGGGAGCUUCUCUCUCAGCCUCAUCCUCCUGGACCUGGAUGAUGGAGAGUCGUGAGGUGGUUCAGAGUACUCCAGAUUGCUGUGCUGGACCCCUAUUGCCUCCAAUAGGAAUGGCACCAGGUUCAAGAGGCCAAAGAAGAGACCUGGAGCCAGCAAAUGAGAUAGGACAAUAUUAGAGGAAAUGAGUUUAAACUGCAGCAGAGAGGAUUUAGGCCAGUCAGGUGUUCCCAGCUUGAAGAUGAGAGGUGCA